CACGGCCAGCCCGGGGCGGCGGACACCGAGAAGCCCUUCUACGUUAACGUCGAGUUUCACCACGAGCGCGGCCUGGUGAAGGUCAAUGACAAAGAAGUGUCGGACCGGAUCAGCUCCCUGGGCAGCCAAGCGAUGCAGAUGGAGCGUAAGAAGUCCCAGCACGGCAGCACCGGGCCGAACCUGGGGGACGCGCCCAGGUCCUCUUACCGGGGCCGUACCUCGGAGAGCAGCUGCGGCCUCGACGGCGACUACGAGGACGCAGAGCUGAACCCCCGCUUCCUGAAGGACAACCUGAUCAACGCCAACGGCGGCAGCAGACCCCCUUGGCCGCCCCUGGAGUACCAGCCCUACCAGAGCAUCUACGUUGGGGGCAUGAUGAUGGAAGGGGAGGGCAAGGGCCCACUCCUGCGUAGCCAGAGCACCUCGGAGCAGGAAAAGCGCCUUACCUGGCCCCGCAGGUCCUAUUCCCCUCGGAGCUUUGAGGACAGCGGAGGGGGCUACACGCCAGAUUGCAGCUCUAAUGAGAACCUCACCUCCAGUGAGGAGGACUUCUCCUCGGGCCAGUCCAGCCGCGUGUCCCCCAGCCCCACCACCUACCGCAUGUUUCGAGACAAGAGCCGGUCACCCUCACAGAACUCACAGCAGUCCUUUGACAGCAGCAGCCCUCCGACUCCGCAGUGCCAGAAGCGACACCGGCAGGGCCAGGUCAUCGUCUCAGAGGCCACCAUCGUGGGCGUUCGCAAGACAGGACAGAUCUGGCCCAGCGAUGGGGACAGCUUGUCUAGCAGGCUGCCUCAGGAUGGCACCUUCCAUGGAGACGCAGAUACGUCGUUCGGAACGCCACCUGGCUACGGCUGUGCUGCAGACCGGGCUGAGGAGCAGCGCCGACACCAAGAUGGGCUGCCCUACAUCGAUGACUCACCCUCCUCCUCACCCCACCUUGGCAGCAAGGGCAGGGGCAGCCGGGAUACACUGGCCUCGGGAGCCCUGGAGUCCACCAAAACGAAUGAGCUGGACCUGGAAAAGGGCUUGGAGAUGAGGAAAUGGGUGCUGUCUGGAAUCCUGGCUAGCGAGGAGACUUACCUGAGCCACCUGGAGGCGCUGCUGCUGCCCAUGAAGCCUUUGAAGGCUGCUGCCACCACCUCUCAGCCGGUGCUGACAAGCCAGCAGAUCGAGACCAUCUUCUUCAAAGUGCCUGAGCUCUAUGAGAUCCACAAGGAGUUCUAUGACGGGCUCUUCCCCCGAGUGCAGCAGUGGAGCCACCAGCAGCGAGUCGGUGACCUCUUCCAGAAGCUGGCCAGCCAGCUGGGUGUGUACCGGGCCUUUGUAGAUAACUACGGAGUUGCCAUGGAAACGGCUGAGAAGUGCUGUCAGGCCAACGCUCAGUUUGCUGAAAUCUCUGAGAACCUGAGAGCCAGAAGUAACAAGGAUGCCAAGGACCAGACGACCAAGAACUCUUUGGAAACCCUGCUCUACAAGCCUGUGGACCGGGUGACGCGCAGCACGCUGGUCCUGCAUGACUUGCUGAAGCACACUCCCUCCAGCCACCCCGACCACCCUCUGCUGCAGGAUGCCCUGCGUAUCUCACAGAACUUCUUGUCCAGCAUCAAUGAGGAGAUCACGCCCCGCCGCCAGUCCAUGACUGUGAAGAAGGGAGAGAACCGGCAGCUGCUAAAGGACAGCUUCAUGGUGGAGCUGGUGGAGGGGGCCCGCAAGCUGCGCCACGUCUUCCUAUUCACCGACCUGCUCCUCUGCACCAAGCUCAAGAAGCAGAGUGGAGGCAAAACCCAGCAAUAUGACUGCAAAUGGUACAUCCCGCUCACGGAUCUCAGCUUCCAGAUGGUAGAUGAGUCGGAGGCGGCUCCCAACAUCCCCCUGGUGCUGGAUGAGGAGCUGGAUGCCAUGAAGAUCAAGAUAUCCCAGAUCAAGAAUGACAUCCAGAGAGAGAAGAGAGCAAACAAGGGCAGCAAGGCUAUCGAGAGGCUGAAGAAGAAGCUCUCAGAGCAAGAGUCACUGCUCCUGCUUAUGUCCCCAAGCAUGGCCUUCAGGGUGCACAACCGCAAUGGCAAGAGUUACACGUUCCUCAUCUCGUCUGACUAUGAGCGUGCUGAGUGGAGAGAGAACAUCCGGGAGCAGCAGAAGAAGUGUUUCAAAAGCUUCUCCCUCACAUCCGUGGAGCUGCAGAUGCUGACCAACUCGUGUGUCAAACUUCAGACCGUCCACAGCAUUCCACUGACCAUCAACAAAGAAGAUGAUGAAUCUCCAGGACUGUAUGGAUUCCUGAAUGUCAUCGUCCACUCUGCCAGCGGCUUUAAGCAGAGUUCAAAUCUGUACUGCACCCUGGAGGUAGAUUCCUUCGGUUAUUUUGUGAAUAAAGCCAAGACUCGCGUUUACAGAGACACAGCUGAGCCCAACUGGAAUGAGGAGUUUGAGAUCGAGUUGGAAGGUUCCCAGACCUUGAGGAUUCUCUGCUAUGAAAAGUGUUACAACAAAACAAAGAUUACCAAGGAAGACGGCGAGAGCACAGACAGGAUCAUGGGGAAGGGCCAGGUCCAGCUGGACCCCCAGGUCCUGCAGGACAGAGACUGGCAGCGGACUGUCAUCGCCAUGAAUGGGAUCGAAGUGAAACUCUCUGUCAAGUUCACCAGCAGGGAGUUCAGCUUGAAGAGAAUGCCUUCCCGAAAACAGACGGGUGUCUUCGGAGUCAAGAUUGCCGUGGUCACCAAGAGAGAGAGAUCCAAGGUGCCCUACAUUGUGCGCCAGUGUGUGGAGGAGAUUGAGCGGCGGGGCAUGGAGGAAGUGGGCAUCUACCGCGUGUCUGGAGUGGCCACGGAUAUCCAGGCGCUGAAGGCAGCCUUUGACGUCAAUAACAAGGAUGUGUCUGUGAUGAUGAGCGAGAUGGACGUGAACGCCAUUGCCGGAACGCUGAAGCUAUACUUCCGCGAGUUGCCGGAGCCCCUCUUCACCGAUGAGUUCUACCCCAACUUUGCCGAGGGCAUCGCUCUUUCAGACCCCGUUGCAAAGGAGAGCUGCAUGCUUAAUUUGCUCCUGUCACUCCCAGAAGCCAACCUGCUGACCUUCCUCUUCCUUCUGGACCACCUGAAAAGGGUGGCAGAGAAGGAGACGGUGAACAAGAUGUCCCUACACAACCUUGCCACAGUCUUUGGCCCCACGCUGCUCCGGCCAUCCGAGAAGGAGAGCAAGCUCCCUGCCAACCCCAGCCAGCCCAUAUCCAUGACCGACAGCUGGUCCCUGGAAGUCAUGUCCCAGGUCCAGGUGCUGCUGUACUUCCUGCAGCUGGAGGCCAUCCCUGCGCCAGACAGCAAGAGACAGAGCAUCCUAUUCUCCACUGAAGUCUAAGGGCUCAGUUCCAUCUCUGAGAGGCCAGCAGAACAGCCUGGAAACCUCCUGGAAAACCAGGCUAUCCACAGAGCGGGAACCGAAUCUUCUUGUGAAGUAAUUGGGCCGCCCCGCCCCCAAGGGCUGGACCACCCUUGUGUAGGGACUGCCUAGAGACAGCUACCCAAGGCGAAAGGCUACUCGGCCUGGGCAGUUCUGGGCCCCGCCCCACCCCCACCGGCCCUUGGCCUGUGGGCUCGAAAAGGGCCUCAGACUGUGGUUUUCCAUACUGCCGCCAGAGGGCCCCCCAAGCCAGCAUGCCUCCGUGCGCAGCAGGCCUGGCCGUGGGACCAGAUGAAGGGAGUGGUUUCUACGAACUGACUGGAGUUUAAGAGAUUUCUACUGGAAUGCUUGUCAAGAUGCACCCUCUCCAGGAAGAAGGGAACAUGAUCAGAUUCCCUCACUAUCGUGUCUUGAAUAAACACCGAUGCUGCUUCAUACCUUGGGGGCCACAGCCCUGUCCCUGUGUGGGUGGGGGCUUUUCAGUUUCCCUGACUUAGAAAUCUAACUCUGUGUAACAGGGUUUGAGAAGCUAAGUCAACACUGUGUAGCGUUUGACCCCUUUCUUCUCCUUCCUUCUCUUUCUUUCUAGCAGGAACUCUGUCCAGAUAUGGGUCUUUCUAUUCUGUCCCGUUGCUUUGUUUUUGCUAUUCACGUGCCCCUCGGAAGGCAGCUCCCCGUGGAGGCUUGUGACACCUGUUUGUCUGUCCAGGACCGACACCAGGGGGAGGGAGGCCCAGGCUGCACACUUUAUGGCUUCUUCUCCAGGGAUAGUGACCUUUUCAAAUGCCUGUUGGGCACAAGCUCUCCUCUUUGGCUUAAAAGAACCUCAGUCUUUCUGGCUUCCUCCAGCCUGUCACCCUCUGCCCACACCGUCCCUGCCCCUGAUCAUCCCCACACCGGUCACUUCAUUCUCUUGCUCUCUGCCGAACAAACUCAGUAAACUUUUGUAAAAAUUUCCUCUCAGCAGCGACAGCUUUGCUGACAGCUUGUUUUAAACUUUGAUCGGAAUAGCCUUUUGAUACUUGAAUAUUUUUCAGUUUUCUACAUAGUUUCUAAUUUUUUUCCUAACAGAUUCAGAUACCUAAUACGAUAUUAGAAUGUACUCCAUGGACAAUCCGUGUUCCAGCGGCAUUUUGUCUUCCUCCACACGCCAGCUUGUUUUUGCCAGGGGCCGGUUCUGAAGUCUCCUGAGCUCUGGGAAUGGGGUGGGAGAGGGUUAGGAGCAGGGGGCUGUUCCACUGGCCAGGCUCAGGGCGGGGGGCCCCUGUGCCAGAGCAGGUAGGACAGGGACUGGCAACUGUCUCCCCUCCCCACUCUCCAGAUACCAGUACAGAAGCCAGGACACUGCUGGAAACCCUCCUGACCAUCCAGCUUGUAGCAAAGAGACGAGGGAGGCCACUAAGUCUUUUGAAGAAACAGAUCUAUGAAUAAUUGUAUCUUUUUUUUUUUAAGAGAGGGGUUAGGGCGAGGAGAAAAACCAUGAGAGGCCAAGUUUCCAUGCUGGUCUUGCAAGAAAAGAGAAUGUAGUGAACCAAUGGUGUGACUCAGGAAAAGGUGUUUGCUUGUCACAUGAUUACAACAGUAGUAGUGGCAGUGCCCCAUGAUCCCUCCCAUGUCCUGGGUGCAGGGGUGGGAAUGGGAGGGCUUGCCUGACGUCAAUAGGCAGCUCUUGCCCGAACUCACAGCACACUGGGGGGGGGAUGUGCUCUCCAGCCUCCCCUCUGCUUGUGGACCUGCUGAAGCAGGGUGGGGGUGGGGAAGGGAGGCAGAAAAGAAAGUCUCUUGAAGGUUUUAUGUCCAUAUACUAUAUUUAUUUCUUUGUACUUUUUCCUUGCGAGGAGAGCAGACCCACCAUUUUAAAGGAAUGUGGCUCUCCUCGGGGUAGAGGCAGGGAGCAGGGUCCUCUGCCCUCUGCACAUUUCUAGACUCUCUGGGUUUCUCAGGCCUCCAGCUCUGGGCUGCCUCUGGUCUGCAUCCCAUCCCCACCCAUCUUAGCAUCCCUCCAGCCCUGUGAGGAGAACACAUUCUGCUUUGAAAAGCCACGCCCAGCCCUCGUUUCUGUUCCCCUGGUGUCAUGAUUUGCAUCUGUCGCGUUGAAACUGGAAAGCAAUAUAUCCGUGUCUGUGCCAAUUUUCGUUCCCCCCCAGCUCCUCCCCCUUCUUACUUUUUAUUUAUAGAGAAUGUGUGCUGUUUGAUGACAGAAUGACCACUCUUUCUUGUGUAGCUCUAAAAGCACUCCUUGGCCAGGCCACAGUGGCGGCAGUCACUUGGGAUCCCUGGCCACCUCUAUCGCGCCGUCUCUGGGGGUUGGUACGGCGAGCAUAGGGCAAAUAGAGUCCUAAAGCCCAGACAUGACCUUCCACGAGGCACGGCUGCUGGAUUCGGCCACGAGAAGUGAUGCUUCCCAGCCCCGGCCCCCAAGUCUGGAGCAGGGAGCUUGGCUGCCUCCGCAGCUGUAUUUCUGCUUUGGGCUCAGCCAUCCCUAUACCACUGUGGGGGAAGGGACUGCUGACACUUUCAUUAAAGUUACCUAAGACUA